UUCAACUCUGUGGACCGCUGUUGGCCCAUUUAUUGCAGUUGUAGACAAGAUUUAAAGCAACCCCGCUCCGUGCCAUGUCAGUCUUUUGAGGAAAAGAGGCAGAGAACGCACUGCAUGUAUAACUUACAGAUCGCCUAUGGCCACUUGUAAAUCGACCAGUGUUCCUUCUAUUAUCUAGAUCUGAAGGAUUUUACGUGAUUUUAUUUCUACGUUGCCUUUAUUCAAACUGACUUUUGUUUUUUUGCACGGGAGUGCAACACAUCGGACAGAACAAUGGGACGGCAAGUACUGUUUUCCAUCUUGCUCUCUUGCGUUUGCUCAGCUCUUGGCCAGGUCAGCUACUCUAUUCCUGAGGAAAUGCCGAAGGGAUCUGUGGUGGGAAACAUAGCGAGAGAUUUGGGUUUGGACGUGAAACGACUGAAAUCGGGUAAAGCUCGCAUCUUUACCGGCGACAGCGCGGAAUACGUCGAGCUGAGCAGAGAAAGAGGAGUCCUUCUGGUUAAAGAAAGGAUCGACAGAGAGUCGCUCUGCAGGCAGACGACGCCUUGUGCUCUGCAUUUGCAGAUCAUUAUGGAAAACCCCAUGGAGCUUUUCCGAAUAACAAUCGAGAUUACGGACAUUAACGACAACAGUCCCAGCUUUAAAAAUGAAGAGAAGCGUUUUGAAAUCAGCGAAUCUGCCGUCGCGGGCUCUAAAUUUGUUUUAGAGAAAGCCGUUGAUUCAGACAUCGGCAGGAAUGGCAUAAAAAAUUACAGCUUAAAACCUACUGAUAAUUUUGCGUUGAAAGUAGAAAAUCAGGCAGAUGGAAAUAAAAAGGUUGAGAUGGUUUUGCACAAGCCUUUGGAUAGAGAGAAAGAAGAACAGAUCGCGUUGCUGCUAAAAGCUGUAGAUGGGGGAGAGCCCCAAAUGUCUGGCACAGUGAAGAUCUAUGUGACUGUGCUCGACGUGAACGACAACGCUCCUGUUUUUACUCAGUCUGUUUACAAAGCAGCCAUAGCGGAAAAUUCUCAGAAAGGAACCACGCUGACCAGGGUCAGUGCAACCGAUGCAGACAAGGGGAUAAACGGGAACGUUUCCUAUGCACUGUCGACUUCUAUUGAUAGUUUGGGAGAUAUAUUCGCAAUAAAAGAAAAUGGCGAAGUGAUAUUAGUGGGCGAGGUUGACUUUGAAAGAGCGAAAAGUUAUCAAGUUGACAUCGAAGCUACAGACAGCGGCGGCCUUUCUGACUCCAGUAAAAUUAUAGUUGAUGUUGUUGACGUUAAUGAUAACGACCCGGUUAUUAGUAUAUUGUCAAAAUCUGAUUUUAUCCCAGAAGAUUCUCCUUAUAAUACAGUCAUAGUCAUGUUCAGUGUCCUUGACCCAGAUUCAGGUAACAACGGCCGUGUGAGUUGCAGGAUAAGUGAAAAUAUGCCAUUUACAAUUAAAACUUCAUCAAAUGACUUUUAUACCCUUGUAACAGACAGUGAAUUAGACAGAGAGCUGGCCUCUGAGUAUAACAUCACAGUGACCUGCUCUGAUGAAGGAGUCCCCUCCCUCUCCAGCAGCGUCACUCUCACCUUGCAGAUCUCUGAUGUGAAUGAUAACGCUCCUGUCUUUGAGAGGAGCUCCUAUGAGGCCUACAUUGUAGAGAACAACACACCAGGUCUCUCUAUAUUCACAGUGAAAGCCACAGAUGCUGACUGGAACCAGAAUGCCCGUGUUUCUUACAUACUGGAGGACUCCUCUGUUAACGGAGUACCAGUCUCCUCAUAUGUGUCCGUCAGUGCUGAUAGUGGAGUCAUCCAUGCAGUGCGCUCUUUUGACUACGAGCAGAUCAAAGAUUUCCAGUUCCGCAUCAAAGCGCAGGAUGGAGGCUCUCCUCCACUCAGCAGCAACGUGACUGUGAAAAUGCUGAUCCAGGACCAGAACGAUAACCCUCCUCAGGUUCUGUACCCGGUCCAGACUGGUGGCUCUGUGGUGGCUGAAAUGGUGCCUCGUUCAGCAGAUGUGGGCUACCUGGUGACUAAAGUGGUGGCUGUAGAUGUGGACUCUGGACAGAACGCCUGGCUCUCCUAUAAACUGCAGAAAGCCACAGACAGGGCGCUGUUUGAAGUGGGCUCACAGAAUGGAGAAAUAAGAACAAUCCGUCAGGUGACUGAUAAAGAUGCUGUGAAACAGAGACUGACUGUGAUAGUGGAGGACAACGGGCAGCCCUCUCGUUCAGCUACAGUCAUUGUUAACGUGGCGGUGGCGGACAGCUUCCCUGAAGUGCUGUCCGAGUUCACUGACUUUCCUCACGAUAAGGAGUACAAUGACAACCUGACUUUUUACUUGGUCUUGGCUCUGGCUGUGGUCUCCUUCCUCUUCAUCACGUGUUUAGUGGUUAUUAUAUCAGUCAAGAUCUACAGAUGGAGACAGUCUCGCAUCCUGUAUCACUCCAACCUCCCUGUGAUUCCAUAUUAUCCUCCACGUUACUCAGACACUUUGGGAACAGGGACUCUGCCACACGUGUACAACUACGAGGUGUGCAGGACCACUGACUCCAGAAAGAGUGACAAUAAGUUUGGAGGAGCUGGUGGUCAGAACGUGUUGAUAAUGGACCCCAGUUCUACAGGAACCAUGCAGCGGAUACAGAGUGAGAAGAGCAUCCUGGAUGAACCUGACUCUCCUAUAGAGCAUACGGCGUUCAUUGGGCUCAUCAGAGAAAUCGCCUGGGGAUAG